AUGUCUUCCUUUUUCCCUUCCCUCUCGACUGUAGAAACCUUGGCAAAGGGCGCAUUUGCAACUGCCGCAGGCCUUGGGACGCUCAGCGCUGGACUUCUUUACUAUGGUCAGAGCUACCUCAUUUACCCAUCGGCGUAUAUCAAGAUUGGGGAAGACGAUGGAGCUCCAUCUAAACCAGCAUCGUAUGGCCUUCAUCACGAAUCAGUGGACCUAAAAACCAAGGACGGACAAUCUCUCAAAUGUUACCUGCUCCUGCAGAAGAAGGAUCUUCCAAAGGCAACAAAAUUCAGCUCAUUACCGACAGUUCCUAUCAGUGCGAUAGAAGGCGCCACAGAAUCAGGUUACGCAGAAAUGGCCGAUGAAGAAUUAGUCUCGCACAGGCCUACCGUUAUCAUGUUCCACGGAAAUGGAGGUAACGCAGGACACCGAAUUCCAUUAGGGAUGAUGUUCCAGCAAGUUAUGCGGUGUAAUGUUCUGGGCGUUGAAUAUCGGGGAUAUGGAGAUUCUACUGGGACCCCCUCGGAAAGUGGAUUUGCUAUUGACGCUGUUACUGCGUUGGAGUUUGUAAGAGGCGAUGCUAGGCUUAGGAAUACCCCUGUGAUCCUCUACGGACAGAGUAUAGGAGGUGCAGUGUCUAUUGAUCUGGCUAGCCGGUUUCCUGGAGAAAUUGCAGGUAUUAUCCUCGAGAACACGUUUCUUUCUCUCCGACUUCUCGUCCCACACGUUCUACCUCUGCUCGGCCCUUUCAGGUGGCUUUGCCACCAACGAUGGGAGAGCGCGGGUAAGAUUAUUGGCAUGCCUGAUGUGAUUUCGCAAGCUCGGGUCGAAGACAGAUUAGUGGGGCUCGUGAAAGAGAAAAAUGAUAUGAAAGCGAAAGAGGCGUUUAAGGAACGUCUGGCGAACGCAAACGACGUGCUUAAUUUAGCGGCCAGUCAGGCACUGGAGGGUGGCGGAGGAUCGCUUGCAAGAGUCGGGAAAGGUCUUGGGAAGGAAUACAAGGGAAUACCGAGGGAAACGAACGUAUUACUGUUGAGCGGACAAUCAGAUACGCUGGUGCCACCAAUACACAUGAGAUUUCUUCGUCAAGUGUUUGAAGCACGGCCGCACACGAGAAGAACGCUCGGGUUGUUGCCUUUACCGGCUUAUCAGGAAGGAAAAAGUGAAGAUACAGUAGACGAAGAGCGGAGUCAGUUCAUUCUAUUCCCUGGAGGUACACAUAAUGACACCACGGCACAACACGGGUAUUGGAACAGGAUAGGUGACUUUAUUGCAGAAGUUGGGAAGGAGUGGCGGGAGCAGCAGAAGUUGGGGAAUGAUUCACGAUCAUAA